UGAAAGAAGAGUAGCUUAUGAAUAUGCGAUUAGAGAAGAUCCAAAAUUAUUCGGAUUAGAAGAAGUACCUAGUCCACAUAAAGGUUACAGAAAAGAAACAAAUGAAACAUCAUCUAAUAAAAGUAGAAGUAGACUUGGUCGCAAAGCUUUUACUAGGAUGAGGAGUAUUAAAUAA